AUGUGGAAGUUAUACCAUCAGUGGUUCAGUAUCUUGAAUAUCGAUGAUGACAGUAAAACAGUAAGUGAUACAGUAGAUGAUGAGCGAUUAGUGGUUGUGUAUUGUAAUGAGUAUGAUCUACCAGAGAAAGCUGAAUGGAUACCAAGAGCGAGCUGUGAGGAAAAUAAGCGGUUCGCAUGCAAAAGCGGUUACCAAUUACAAAUCCAAACUUCCUGUAAAGAAAAUGGUAAAUGGUAUUUGGAACCAUCAUGUCAAGAUUGUUACAAGUAUUCAAAUGUUACAUAUUUGGUACCCGAUCCGAUUGAUACUAUACCAGCAUCCGAUCAGGAGGAAUGUGAUGAACUGUGUAAAAACAAUACCCAGUGUACCUAUUCAGGGAGAUCCAGAGAUACCCGUUGUUUUCUGUUUUCAACCCCAGUCAUCUUUGUAUCUUCCUCUACAGAUCUAGACCAAUGUAUCAAAAAGUGUACAGAGACAAAUGAAUGUGUAACGAUGAGUAGUAAGGGAACUAGAGAAAAAUUAUGCUUUUUAUUUAAUGUUUCCCUGAACAAGAUACCUGAUAAAUUUAAAAAUGGUAUCGGAUAUACCAUAGCCGAAAAAGUAUGUUAAUAAAAACAUGUAUAUCAUGAAA